AGAAGGAAGAGGAGAAAGAGACGCCACAAUGGGAACGACCGCAAUGACAACGCAUUAGAAGAAGAGAACCUUGAAAGAAGGAGAAUAGAGAAGGCGAAGUAGACGAAGAAGAACGCAGAAACGGAGAAACCCUAAUCGCCAUGGACAUGAUCAGCGACUUGCCGGAUUGCAUACUGUUACACAUCCUCUCCUUCCUCCCUACCAAAACCGCCUUCCUCACCACCGUCCUCUCUCGCCGCUGGACCCACCUCUGCCACCACCUCCAACACCUCCACUUCAAAGGCAUAACAAUCCCUUCGCCGCCUCCAUCGUGGUGCCGUUAUCACUUGCCGUCACUCAAGACACUGCAAUUGUAUAAUGUCGACACCUCUGUUGGUAACUUGGAGGAGCUUCUCUCUCACUGCACUGCUCUUGAGACUCUUGUUCUUGACUCAGUCUGUCGAUUCCAGGAGGAGGGCCAAUUGAGUAUUUGUUUUCCUUCUUUGAAGAGUUUGCACUUCAAAUCUUAUUGGGGUUACACUGUUAGAUUACUUCUUGUUAUAGACACACCAUCUCUUAAACGUCUUUAUAUCCAAGCUUUGUCAGGGUUUCGCGAGAUCCGUGUUCGCAACUUGCACAAUGUGGAGGAAGCCAGUAUCGACAUUUAUAAGCAAUCAUCUGUGCUCGAGUUUCUUGUGGAGCUUUGCAGGAUAAGGAUUUUGGAGCUGGGCUUAUCAGUGUUUGAUUGUUUGCCUGAGGCUCCUCCACAUCGUAUUCCGGAGUUGACCUGUUUACAGAGGCUAGAGCUUACUGUUAGGUGUUUCGACACAAGAUACAUAAUGGAUAUGCUUCAGAAAUGUCCCAUGCUUAAACUUCUUGCUAUUGUUUUUAAUAGACAAUAUGUAAUAUCGGUAUUUCAUGUUCUCAUGUUCAAGCUAUGAUUUAUGUAACUUGGUUGUUUUGCUGGCAAUUCUUUUUAAGUGUGU